UGAUGGUAUAAAUCAAUCAAAUAUUACAUUUGUAUUGACCAUUUUCAAGUUGUUGACCAAGGUUUUAACAAAAGUCAUUAAAGAUCAGUAGUUGCCAUCUGACAACGGCUACUUUUAUUUUUUGAAAUACUGUUAAUGGCAACACAAACGCUGACAACGGAACUGGACUACAUGUUGUGAUGGAGAGUGAAUUACUGGACCAAAUGAAUGACGAAAUGAAAAGGGCUGUUACACCUGUGACAAUUUUUAUUGGAAUUGAAACAUUUCUGGGAUUUUUUGGCAAUUUAUUUGUAUUGUACGUGUUCAUAAAACGUUACCAUGACUGUAACUUUCGCUACUUUGUGCUGUGCCUCGCUUUUCUGGACUUUAUAAGCACACUGACCACAAUGCCUGGGGAGAUCAUCACGCAGCAAUUCUGGUACAAGUAUCCAUUUCCCGUCGUCUGUAAAGUCAAGUCAUUUUUCAACGUAUUCACGGUCACAGGGGAGGCCCUAUGUCUGUGCAUAAUCGCUGUCGAACGACAUAGGAAGGUGUGUGCGCCAUUUAGAUGGCAGAUCAGGCCUCGCCAGGCGCUUAUCCUUUGCGGCGUCAUCUACUGCGUGGCUUUCGUUGUUUCCCUCCCGGCCUGGUUUCUGUGGGGAAGCCAACAGGACGUUAGGUUAUACAACGGAAGAAAUGUAACCGUCACUGUCUGUGGAAAGGAUUCCAAUUAUGAAAACAGUAGACAACCUUUAGUUUUCGGUACAUCCCUGUCUGUUUUAUUUGGACAAUGCCUGAUAGUUAUGCUCGUUCUAUAUAUACUAGUAGCAAGGAGACUCAUCUUAGGUCGUCCAUCGGCUCAAAGGCGCCACAUCUCUUGCGCGCCAACGGUAAGCAAGUUGUCUAUGUCACAAAGAAAAUCAAAUCAAAACACCGAGAUAAGCGAUGAAAGUGGCUUUACUAACUCGGACGUAUCAACAAGAAAAGGAAAAUCAACCACAGAGUCAAGCAAAACGGAAAGCCGGUCUCUGGAUGAUGAGAGCGAAGCGGUUGACAAAGAUAAAGUUUGUGUCACGGACGCCGAAACAACAUGCGAGGAUGGAGCGUUGGAAGUCCGUCACAAACAACGGAUCCGGCGUAGACGUCGCGACAAAGCGAAUAUUGUUCGCCGAAAAACGUACAUCAUGUUUGUUUUGACAAUCAUAUUCAUUGUCACAACAAUUCUGUAUUUGACGUUAUUAGCGUUUAUAUCAGAAGAAAUCUUGAAGAGUUUAAAUAUCUAUGAAAAAACCGUGUAUUUGUUCUUCUUUAGACUUGUGUUUAUAAACCAUGCUAUCAACCCUUUUGUGUACGGCUGCCUUGACCCUAAGUUUAAACAAAUAUUAGGAGAUAUUAAAAAUAUGUUUUAAGUAGCUAAGGAAAGGUUGCUUAAACUGUAUUGCCAGCUAGAUCGCCAUCAUCAGAAUUCGAUACAAAAAGUACAGCGUAGCCACGAAUAAACUGCGGCAUUUAAAACUUAAAGGGGACCUUCUGAAGACGUGCGUUCAUUCAUUCCAUCCGGAACAUAUGUGCUCUAGACACCAGGGAUUGUCCCUCAACUCUUGUGAUGUUCGUAUUAGUGUUAAAUAUUGCAUUCUGGUGUAAUUUACGCAUACUUUUUCUACCAUAUUCACAUGAAAAGACACUUUGACAAUUGCGUGUAUUCCCAUGCAAUGCAGAAU